GGGAACUAUCCUGGUGAAAAAGAAAGCGCCAUUCGGAAUGCUCGGUUUGGCCUCAAUUCCCGGUUUGAUACAGAAUUUCCGAGUGAACUUAUUGGACGCGUCGCUCCUGAAGAACUGUCCGAUACCCUUGGACGGAUAAAUAGUGUUUUGAAACGGCACGUGCAAAUGUCUAGUCGAUGGUUGUUGUGCGGUUUACUGUUCUGCUGCUGCUCAUUUGGAUGUUCCUUGUUCCCUGUUGUUUGCCUUAAUAGGAGGACAGUGACGGCCGUUGAGAAGACGUUGGAUCAUGAAAACGUUUGUCUCUAUCAUAAACUCGGUCUUCAUUGGCGUUUAGUUAAACGCCCAGUUGACGGUUCACGUUUAACUGAAUAUGUGCUGGAACUUCAGACUCUUCCUAAAAUUCAAUUAAUGUUGCCGGAUUGA